GACUGACAAAGAAAAGGAAAAGAAAAUCUUCGAAGAGGAGCCACCAGAAAUCCUCACCGGAGGUGUCAAGAGAGAGAUAACUCUUGGUUUCGAGGAGGAAGAGAUCGAAGACUGGGAAAAAUUAUUUAUUCAAAUGGAUCAGAUUCUAGAAGAAAUGAAAACGGAUCACCAACGAAAACAACCUAUCAUUGUUAAUGAACUCAUUCAGACUUUAGAAUCGACUCAACAGGUUUUCCAAAAAGGAGUUCACGACGCACAAAAGACUUUUUCUAAUCUUCUCGAGUAUCUACAGGCUGUAGAGAAAGAAGUCCGAAAGAUAGAAGACGAAUCCGAUAGCGAUAGCGCCUACGAUACUUGUGAAGAAAUUUUAGACGACUACUAUUCUGAAGAAGAA